CUGAGGUCGGGCCUCCUGGGGCUGCUCUUUGCCCAGCAGGUGGCCUGUCCAGCCCCAGGGCUCUGCCGGCUCUGAGGACAGGAGGCUAGAUCCUGGCCCCAAAAGGCCACAAAUAGGUUCCUUCAGUCAUCCAGUGUGUCCCAUGAGGGAAGGGCCCGCCAGGAGAGGGGCCAGGAGGGCAUGGGUGAAGGUGGCAGAGGGGCGUGGACUGAUGCCAGGUGGGCACCAUCUCGCAGUUCCGGAGGGCGCUGGCUGCUUCGGAAGGCGGGGCCUGCUGAGUGCCUCGUGAGCCCCUGCCUGUGUUCCUGCCGUUCGGGUAUGAGAACACAGGGGGGCUUACCUAGUGUGCAGGGUGUCCUCACACGCAUGACACGCACGCCCGAACAUCCUGGAAACCUCGCCUGGGAUGACAUCUGUUCACGGCCCUACCCGUUGGCUCUUCUCCACGUGUGGCAGAGCUGGUUUCCUUCCCCGGUGCCCCGGGUCUUGCUUUGCUGGCCGCCCCCUGCCUCCUUGUCCCCACAGCCCCGUCUGGUCCUCACUCCAAGCUGUCCUGGUCCCCUCUUCCUCGUGUGUGGGGAACAACCUGGAGACCUGAGCAGGAAGCCCAGGCUGCCCUCACUGUCUUCUAGCUCACGCCACCUCCAGGCACCCUUCCCAGAUGCCCCGUUAGCCUGCAGCCCUGGCAGAGCAUGCCAGACGGCGCCCCGCUCAGCGAGCUGUCCUGGCCGUCCUCCCUCGCCGUGGUGGCUGUGUCUUUCUCCGGGCUCUUCGCCGUCAUCGUCCUCAUGCUGGCCUGCCUGUGCUGUAAGAAGGGCGGCAUCGGGUUCAAGGAGUUUGAGAAUGCGGAGGGGGACGAGUACGUGGCCGACCUGGCGCAGGGCUCCCCAGCCACGGCAGCACAGAACGGGCCCGACGUGUACGUCCUGCCGCUCACGGAGGUCUCCCUGCCCAUGGCCAAGCAGCCUGGGCGCUCAGUGCAGCUCCUCAAGUCCACGGACCUGGGCCGGCACAGCCUCCUGUACCUGAAGGAAAUCGGCCAUGGCUGGUUUGGGAAGGUGUUCCUGGGGGAGGUGAACUCUGGCGUCAGCAGUGCCCAGGUGGUGGUGAAGGAGCUGCAGGCCAGUGCCAGCGUGCAGGAGCAGAUGCAGUUCCUGGAGGAGGCGCAGCCCUACAGAGCCCUGAAGCACAGCAACCUGCUCCAGUGCCUGGCCCAGUGCGCCGAGGUGACGCCCUACCUGCUGGUGAUGGAGUUCUGCCCGCUGGGGGACCUCAAGGGCUACCUGCGGAGCUGCCGGGUGGCGGAGUCCAUGGCGCCCGACCCCCUGACCCUGCAGCGCAUGGCUUGUGAGGUGGCCUGUGGCAUCCUGCAUCUACAUCGUAACAACUACGUGCACAGCGACCUGGCCCUGCGGAACUGCCUGCUCACGGCUGACCUGACGGUGAAGAUUGGUGACUAUGGCCUGGCUCACUGCAAGUACAGAGAAGACUACUUCGUGACCGCCGACCAGCUGUGGGUGCCUCUGCGCUGGAUCGCGCCGGAGCUAGUGGACGAGGUGCACAGCAACCUGCUCGUCGUGGACCAGACCAAGAGCGGGAAUGUGUGGUCCCUGGGCGUGACCAUCUGGGAGCUCUUUGAGCUGGGCACGCAGCCCUAUCCCCAGCACUCGGACCAGCAGGUGCUGGCGUAUGCGGUCCGGGAGCAGCAGCUCAAGCUGCCCAAGCCCCAGCUGCAGCUGACCCUGUCGGACCGCUGGUACGAGGUGAUGCAGUUCUGCUGGCUGCAGCCGGAGCAGCGGCCCACAGCCGAGGAGGUGCACCUGCUGCUGUCCUACCUGUGUGCCAAGGGCGCCACCGAAGCUGAAGAGGAGUUUGAACGGCGCUGGCGCUCUCUGCGGCCCGGCGGGGGCGGCGUGGGGCCCGGCCCCGGUGCGGUGGGGCCCAUGCUGGGCGGCGUGGUGGAGUUUGCCGCUGCCUCGUCCUUUCCGCUGCUGGAGCAGUUCGCGGGCGACGGCUUCCACGCGGACGGCGACGACGUGCUGACGGUGACGGAGACCAGCCGAGGCCUCAACUUUGAGUACAAGUGGGAGGCGGGCCGCGGCGCGGAGGCCUUCCCGGCCACGCUGAGCCCGGGCCGCACCGCACGCCUGCAGGAGCUGUGCGCCCCCGACGGCGCGCCCCCGGGCGUGGUUCCGGUGCUCAGCGCGCACAGCCCAUCGCUGGGCAGCGAGUACUUCAUCCGCCUAGAGGAGGCCGCGCCUGCCGCCGGCCACGACCCUGACUGCGCCGGCUGCGCCCCCAGUCCACCUGCCACUGCGGACCAGGACGACGACUCUGACGGCAGCACCGCCGCCUCGCUGGCCAUGGAGCCGCUCCUGGGCCACGGGCCACCCGUCGACGUCCCCUGGGGCCGCGGCGACCACUACCCCCGCAGAAGCUUGGCGCGGGACCCGCUCUGCCCCUCGCCCUCGCUCUCGCCCGGGCCCCUGAGGCUGGCGGAGGGAGAAGCGGAGGAUGCAGACUGGGGCGUGGCUGCCUUCUGUCCGCCCUUUUUCGAGGACCCACUGGGCACGUCCCCUUUGGGGAGCUCAGGGGCGCCGCCGCUGCCGCUGACCGGCGAGGAUGAGCUGGAGGAGGUGGGAGCGCGGAGGGCCGCCCAGCGCGGACACUGGCGCUCCAACGUGUCAGCCAACAACAACAGCGGCAGCCGCUGUCCAGAGUCCUGGGACCCCAGUUCUGCGGGCUGCCACGCUGAGGGCUGCCCCAGUCCAAAGCAGACCCCACGGGCCUCCCCCGAGCCGGGGUACCCCGGAGAGCCUCUGCUUGGGCUCCAGGCACCCUCUGCCCAGGAGCCAGGCUGCUGCCCUGGCCUCCCUCAUCCAUGCCCUGCCCAGGGCCUGGCACCUGCUCCCUGCCUGGUCACACCCUCCUGGACAGAGACAGCCGGUAGUGGGGGUGACCACCCACAGGCAGAGCCCAAGCUUGCCACGGAGGCUGAGGGCACUGCCGGACCCUGCCUGCCCCUUCCUUCUGUCCCCUCCCCAUCCCAGGAGGGAGCCCCACUUCCCUCGGAGGAGGCCAGUGCCCCUGACACCCCUGACGCCCUGCCUGACUCGCCUACGCCUGCUACUGGUGGCGAGGUGUCUGCCACCAAGCUGGCUUCUGCCCUGAAUGGCAGCAGCAGCUCCCCCGAGGUGGAGGCACCCAGUAGUGAGGACGAGGACACGGCUGAGGCCACCUCAGGCAUCUUCACCGACACAUCCAGCGACGGCCUGCAGGCUGAGAGGCCGGAUGUGGUGCCAGCCUUCCGCUCUCUGCAGAAGCAGGUGGGAACCCCCGACUCCGUGGACUCUCUGGACAUCCCGUCCUCAGCCAGUGAUGGUGGCUAUGAGGUCUUCAGCCCAUCGGCCGCCGGCCCCUCUGGAGGGCAGCCCCGAGCGCUGGACAGUGGCUAUGACACGGAGAACUAUGAGUCCCCCGAGUUUGUGCUCAAGGAGGCGCAGGAAGGGUGUGAGCCCCAGGCCUUUGCGGAGCUGGCCUCAGAGGUCGAGGGCACCGGGCCCGAGACGCGGCUCUCCACCUCCCCCAGUGGCCUCAACGAGAAGAAUCCCUACCGAGACUCUGCCUACUUCUCAGACCUGGAGGCUGAGGCCGAGCCCACCUCAGGCCCAGAGAAGAAGUGCGGUGGGGACCAAGCCCCCGGGCCAGGGCUGGACCUACCGAGCACUGGGCAGCCGUCUGAGCAGGCCUCCCUCAGGCCUGGGGUUUCCGGGGAGGCACAAGGCUCUGGCCCCGGGGAGGUGCUGCCCCCACUGCUGCGGCUUGAAGGGUCCUCCCCAGAGCCCAGCACCUGCCCUUCGGGCCUGGGCCCAGAGCCUCCGGAGCCCCAAGGCCCAGCCGAGGUGCCGCCUGGGCCCAGCCCCAGCUGCUCCCAGUUUUUCCUGCUGACCCCGGUUCCGCUGAGAUCAGAAGGCAACAGCUCUGAGUUCCAGGGGCCCCCAGGACUGUUGUCAGGGCCGGCCCCACAAAAGCGGAUGGGGGGCCCAGGCACCCCCAGAGCCCCACUCCGCCUAGCUCUGCCAGGCCUCCCUGCGGCCUUGGAGGGCCGGCCGGAGGAGGAGGAGGAGGACAGUGAGGACAGCGACGAGUCUGACGAGGAGCUCCGCUGCUACAGCGUCCAGGAGCCUAGCGAGGACAGCGAAGAGGAGGCGCCGGCGGUGCCCGUGGUGGUGGCUGAGAGCCAGAGCGCGCGCAACCUGCGCAGCCUGCUCAAGAUGCCCAGCCUGCUGUCCGAGGCCUUCUGCGAGGACCUGGAACGUAAGAAGAAGGCCGUGUCCUUCUUCGACGACGUCACCGUCUACCUCUUUGACCAGGAAAGCCCCACCCGGGAGCUCGGGGAGCCCUUCCCGGGGGCUAAGGAAUCGCCCCCCACGUUCCUUACGGGGAGCCCCGGCUCUCCCAGCGCCCCCAACCGGCCGCAGCAGGCUGAUGGCUCCCCCGAUGGCUCCACAGCGGAAGAGGGUGGUGGGUUCGCGUGGGAUGACGACUUCCCGCCGAUGCCGGCCAAGGCAGCCUUCGCCAUGGCCCUAGACCCGGCCGCACCCGCCCCGGCUGCGCCCACGCCCACGCCCACGCCCACGCCCACGCCCACGCCCACGCCCACGCCCACGCCCACGCCCGCUCCCUUCUCGCGCUUCACGGUGUCGCCCGCGCCCACGUCCACGUCCACGUCCACGUCCACGUCCACGUCCACGUCCCGCUUCUCCAUCACGCACGUGUCUGACUUGGACGCCGAGUCCAUGAGAGGACCUGAAGCAGGUGCCGGGGGUGACAGUAAAGAGGCUUGAAACCUGGGCAGCUCCUGCCCCUCAAGGCUGGCGUCACCGGAGCCCCUGCCAGGCAGCAGCGAGGAUGGUGACCGAGAAGGUGGGGACCACGUCCUGGUGGCUGUUGGCAGCAGAUUCAGGUGCCUCUGCCCCACGCGGUGUCCUGGAGAAGCCCGUGGGAUGAGAGGCCCUGGACGGUAGAUCGGCCAUGCUCCGCUCCAGAGGCAGAAUUCGUCUGGGCUUUUGGGUUUGCUGCUAGCCCCUGGGGACGCCUGGAGCCACCGUGGGUGUCUGUACACACAUACACACGCAAAAGGGGCCAGUGCCCCUGGGCACGGCGGCCCCCAUCCUCUACCCUGCCUGCCGCUGCUGGCUGCCUGGCCUCGGUGGCCCCACAGGCCCCAUCCGGCGGCUCCUCCAGUGUGCCCAGGACACUUAAAACAGGACGAGGCAUGGCCCCGAGACACUGGCAGGUUUGUGCACCUCUUCCCACCCCCUGUGCCCCCACCCUUGCCUGGUUCGUGGUGGCUCAGGGCACGGAGUGGCCCUGGGCGCCUGUGUCGGUCCUGUUUCCGCUGCCCUUAUCUCAAAGUCCGUGGCUGUUUCCCCUUCACAGACUCAGACCCGUAAGCCCACCCUUCCCACAGAGAAUAGGCUGCUCCCACCUGGGUCCCGCUGUGGCCAUGGUGGGCGGCCAAAAAGAUCAGGGGUGGAGGGGGCUUCCAGGCUGCACUCCUGCCUCCAUGGGCCCCGUUCUAGAGGUGCCCUUGGCAGGACCGUGCAGGCAGCUCCCCUCUGCAGGGCACUAUCUGGUCCUGUGCCCCAGCUGCCAAAGGAGAGUGGGGGCCAUGCCCCGCAGUCAGUGUUGGGGGGCUCCUGCCUACAGGGAGAGGGGUGGUGGGGAAGGGGUGGAGCUGGGGGCAGGGCAGCACAGGGAAUAUUUUUGUAACUGUUGUGGUUGGAGCGAAUGGAAGUUGGGUGAUUUUAAGUUAUUGUUGCCAAAGAGAUGUAAAGUUUAUUGUUGCUUCGCAGGGGGAUUUGUUUUGUUUUGUUUGAGACUUAGAACGCUGGUGCAAUGUUUUCUUGUUCCUUGUUUUUUAAGAGAAAUGAAGCUAAGAAAACAAACCUU